UAAAAAUGGCGCACAUUCCAAAUCAAGUGUCACCGUGAAGACCGUGAAGUUAUUCUUGUUCGUUGAAAUCUGUCUACAAAACAUAAAACCUUACAGCCAAUGUAGUACAAUUUGGUCUCCUACAUUUAUAGCUUUUACAAUGGAUUCAAACGAGACAUUAUUUUCGUUGGAACUGGCGGUUGAAACGUUGCGUAUCCAUUCGUCUACCGUCGUGUGUCGUCUGCCCUCCGUGGCGUUUCGUCUGCUCGACUUCCCAACUCUGCUCCUUCACCAUGUUGACCCGGAUCAGGUCCGAAAUAUCAAGGAGAAGAUCAACCUUGGAACCUUUGGCAGUAUUCCAGCCCAACUCCAAGAGCUUAAAGAUCACAGGGGUAACUUUUGUGUCAAUAAAUGCAAGUCCUGUCUCCUCAAAAUGAACCCUGAAACAUUGCUUGCAUAUUUGAGAAACACCCCUCUCUACGUUAUGCUUAUUGAUGUGUGGCCAGAGGUUUCAAAAUUGGUCGCUAAUUGUACAAUUUCCUUGCAGAAAACGAUGGAAGAAAUUUCAGGAGAUAUUGAACGAAACGGCAUUGACAUACCGUCUGUUCAUGGUCACCGAGAUAGUUACAAGUUGUAUAAUUUAAUGGGCAGUGAAGUAGGAUGGAUAGUGUUGAGGUAUCGGUUGCUCAGCAUGGGUGUGAGUCUAAUGCCACAUAUUCCAGACACUGCUAUAACAAGAAGGCGGACAGAACAUGUAGAUCUAGCCAUUACCCCAAGAAAAACCAACACUGAUGUCGUAACUACCGUGUCCGUGGAGGAUGCAAGUACAAAGAUCAAGGAGAAGGAUGUCAUUCUUGAAGAUUUAGAAGUUGAAGGUCAAACCAAGAAGACUAUUUCAAUUGCUGUAUCCACUGCUGAUCAUAGUCCAGACUUUCAAUCGGAGAAAGCAAAUCAAUGUGAUCAAAAAGGCACUAAGAUGGCAAAUACCACAAAACAACGACAUCACCAGCACAAAGUUGAAAGGUCAAUGCCGCUUAUGCAGAAUGACGACCUUUUUGUGAACAAUACCCAUUGUCCACCCCCUUUGUAUUUUAACACUGUCAAUGAGGACUCGCCAAUUACCUCUGGGAUAAACAUUCAAACACUGGGCAGAAAUCACAGGGAGAUACAUGAAAGAGGUUAUCUUAACACAAAUAAUGACAGGAAAUCACAAGUUGCAUAUAAUUUGAGUGAGGAGUUGAGUACAAUGUCCAGCGGAACAUGCUCCGAGGAAGUCAUUCAUGAGGUAGAGACGCAUUACACUCUGCCCUCUCAGAAUCCAACUCUGUCCCCGAGGUGGAGUGUUCGCAAAACUCAUCGGAAGUCAACAACAGAAAACUCUCAAAUAAUUGAAACCAGUAAGAAGCAUAGGAGAGAUCAGCCAGAUCUAAAGCAAGCGCGCCAAGUUCAAGGUUCAGAAACAUGUAACAGGUGUCAGUUAAAUCUGGAUUCACGUCAUCAAUCUCAGAUGCCAAUCUUGGCAGCACUGCUCCAAGAGCUGAGCCUACUCCACGGUAAUGUCCUUCAGAAUGAGCCCGUAUCAAGAGAACUCAUUCAAAAACCGCCCCUAGGAAAACACAAGCCUCAAGCAGAGGUUGUUUCAUCUCCAAAAGGGAAAGAAAACAUUCUCAUUAGUAAGCCACAGUCGGUCAUUCAAGAGGAGAAACCCUACCGCCAUAAGCAUCAAGAGUGCACCAAGCCUCCUCGAGGGGUGCCACCAACAAAAGGAUGGUUGAGACAACAGCCGGUCCACAGCAAGCGCAAGACCAAGCUCCAUUACGGCAUGACGCACUCACAGAAACUGAGACUGAAGAAAAACAACCCUGAACUCCUCAAGGAGCUGGAAGUGGAAGAGGCGCGGUUGCGGACAUUGCAAAUGGAGAAGGAGCGGAUGACAAUGAGAGAUGAUGAUGAUUUUAUCGAUGAAGUCAGUAAUCUCAAUGUCUCAACAGAGAUCACUCAUCAUCUUGAGGAUGAGAAGAGAGUUGAUUACACUCCAAGGACUGAAUCAGUUCCUGAGGCAGAAGAGACGAAGACUUCUCCCAAGAAAAUCAAACGCAAGCAAAUGAAGGACCAGCAUAUGCGCACAGAGGUCUCUAAUACGAAGGGUCGUAUCGAGGAGCCAGUCGUUGAGCCAAAGCCACCAUUACCUCGGCCUCGCAAACUCACAGAGGGUACAUUUGUUUGGGGAGAUAAAGAACGCCAUUUGGAGGAUAAUGCUGGGGAGUUUCCUGACACGCAGUUUUCAUCGGUUGAACCAAAAGACUUGAGCAGCAGUGACAAGAGUGCAAGGAGCAUAGAUGUGUAUCUACCGACUGCUUCACUACAGGAAUCUGACAUAGACAGCCAAAGUGAUGAUUCUUACAGCACCAGCUACUCCUCCUCUAGUCUCAACCAACAUCCCAAGACAAUCCAAGUUCCUGGUAUCCCAUCAGAGGACCCGAGCCAGGUAGAUGUAAGUCAUGCCGAGGAGGUGCCUGAUGUACAGUACUCAGAUGAUUUCAUUGACUCGGACCGCUUUGCGUCGACAGGGGAGCAAGAAUUGGAACCUCUCGCAUCAAACAAGUCAGAGUCCUAUCACUCAGCGCAGUCGACCUUCUCAUCAAGCAGCUCAAGAAGUUCCUCAAAGUCUCAGGUUCCAUUAAAUCCUCUGCCCUCUUUGAUGCCUUUAUCCAAUGACGUAGCAACUAAUCUCCAGAAGAGGCGACUGAGUAUUCCCAAACCCAAACUCUCAAGCAUCUCUCCAGUGCCAGUCAGGAGGACUUCUAAGACGUCGACUCUGUCUGUCAAUACCGCAGCAACUCUUGAUCCUCAUAAAGACUACGAGCGCUCACCAACACCACCUACUCCUAAACCGAGAACAUCUUUGAUGAGGUCCUCAAGCUUGUUUUCAGAGGAUUCCCGUCUCCGGUCGACUGUUCCUUCUUCCGAGUUCAAGACGGAGGAUUCUCAGAAUGCGGAUUGGACAAAUAAGGAUGAAUCAGAAGAAAACUAUUCUGAUGAUUUCAGUGAUUCAGAUCAUGAGAGUGAUCAGAGUAAUACAUUUUAAUCAAGGGGUGAUUCUUUGGUCUCUUCAUUCAGCUGGGUGAAAUUUAAGCUCUUAUAUUUAUAUUACUGAAAAAAUAGUAUUAGCUGUUCCAAACAACUUACAGUCCCAAAGGACUGAUGGUAUUAAUGCAAAAAGUAGUGAAUGGCCUGAUGUAACGACCCUAGCAGAGUCUUUCUCAAAAGCUAACAUGAGAAGAAAGAC